CCAGACCAUUGCACGCCCGGACCGCCAGGCCUUGGAUCGUCCACAUCGUCUAAUGUACUUGUACACAGUAUGGAGUACGACAGUAGUGCUCGGCUGCUACCUUUUCAAAACAUCGUAUUCGUUUCCAUGUUCGACCUCGUCAUGACGCAUUGGUCGGCGCCAAUGCAGCUUAUUCCGAUCUACUAGUCGUCCGUUGUUCUUUUCUCAAGCAAUUUUUUUCUUCGACGACGACAACGACAACACCAACACUCUCAUAGCUUUCCUCUUCCCUCGGCCAAUCGAUUCGACAUCAUCCUGCCCCAACGACCAAAAGGGCAGUGCGGCCACCGGAUCAAAUCAAAAGGGGGGCUCUACCGACCAUGGCACUCUUCUCCCGCUCCAACCACAACACGACGACGACCACCACCACCACCUCUCCCACCCAUGAAACGAAAGACGACCCUCUAUCCAACUACCAAAAGCCCAAGCCAACGGGCCUCCGCAUCUUCACCGUAGCACUCUAUCUCAUCGCCACCAUUUUCCUCAUCCUCGUCGAGAUAGGCAACAUCAACGACAACCCCGUCAUCCGCUCCACGUAUUUUCUCAAGAUCAGCCUCGCCGACAUCAUCCCGCUCUCAUAUCCCAACGCCAUCUUCAUCAACAGCAUCGCCCAGUCCAUCGGCCUGCACGACUUCUACCAAGUCGGCCUGUGGAAUUUCUGCGAAGGCUACAAUGGCGAGGGCAUCACUUACUGCAGCCCCACAAAGACGCUGUAUUGGUUCAACCCGGUCGAAAUCAUUCUGAACGAACUGCUCGCCGGCGCGAGCAUCACCCUACCAACCGAGGUCAUCGACGUGCUUAACCUGGUCAAGCUCGCGAGCCAAUGGAUGUUUGCCUGUUUCUUGGUCGGCACCAUCCUCACCUUUUUAUGCGUCUUCUUGGCGCCUAUGGGCUUCAGCAAGCGGCCGAGGUGGCAGCACAAGGCGCGCCGGAUUUUCUUUCGACAGCUGCCCGUCACAAUCUUGACGUUUGCGGCGCUGUUGUUCACGGCGGCCGCGGCCGUGAUAGCCACGGUCAUGUUUGUCAUUUUCCAAAACAAGUUUUCCGGCGCCGCCGAUUUGAACAUCAAGGCGUACCUGGGGAAGCCGAUGCUGGCGUUUAUGUGGGUCGCUACGGGGCUGAAUUUGGUUGGCUUUUUGAUGCAAACUGGCACGUGUUGUGGUGUCUGUUGCUGUACGGGGCGAAGGAAGGCUGAGAAGAGGAGUCGGGCGAGUGAUGGGAGUGCUACGAGGGAAAAACAGGGGGCCCGGUCGAGUAGGAGUCCUGGCAAAUUUGGGUUCAGAAGGAGGGCGGUAUAAACACGUUACAAUUGUGGUUCUUGUAGACUUGUUGAGCUUUGGAAACCGAUAUUCGAUUAUAUAGUUGUAUGUCAGACUAGCAAGGCGUUAGUCGUGUCAUCUGGCCGUGGAGCGAUCCGUUCAGAUAAAUGCCACAAUCAAG